AUCUAGAAAAAGCGCUUGCGUCCCAAAUCAGAAAACGAUCUUUACUAAUUCUUUCGAAGCAUAUAGUCUGCCGUUGGUUGUCGGACCGUUCAGUUUAGAAAUUCCGAAAGUUUCUUUGAUCGCGACACUCUCACUUCCUUUUUUUAUUUUCUCCUUAAAGUAUAUCAACAAAUAACACAUAAAAAUGGGUGAUGAUGAGAAAAAAGCGGAGCCAGCACCAGCGGCUGCAGCGCCAGCCCCAGCACCCGCGGCGGCACCUGCACCUGCAGCAGCCCCAGCAGCUGCACCAGCAGCAGCAGCAGCCCCAGCUCCAGCUGCGGGUGCAGCGCCUGCAGCAGCUCCAGCUGCAGGAGCAGCACCAGCAGCAGCACCAGCUGCUGGAGCGGCACCUGCUGCUGCACCAGCUGCAGGGGCAGCAGCACCUGCUAAAAAUGGCGCACCCGCUGCUAAACCUAAAGAUCCAAAUGAUCCAAAAGUUAAAGCUGAAGAGGCUAAGAAGGCAAAACAAGCCGAAAUCGAGCGCAAGCGUGCUGAAGUGCGCAAGCGUAUGGAAGAAGCUUCAAAGGCUAAGAAAGCCAAGAAGGGUUUCAUGACCCCAGAAAGGAAGAAGAAACUCAGGUUGUUGCUCCGUAAAAAAGCUGCUGAGGAAUUGAAGAAAGAACAAGAACGCAAGGCAGCUGAACGUAGGCGUAUCAUUGAGGAAAGAUGCGGUAGCCCAAGAAAUCUUAGCGAUGCCAGUGAAGCUGAACUUCAGACAUUAUGUAAACAAUAUUGGCAACGCGCAUAUGCCUUGGAGGGUGACAAAUUUGAUUUAGAGCAUAUCCAAAAAAUGAAGGCGUUCGAGGUAAAGUCUUCCUCUCUUCCUAGUUUUUUUUUUUUUAAUAAAAUUUACAAAAAAAAAUGCAUUUUGUUUUAUAGUAUAUACAAAUAUAAAUAUAUGCUCUCUUAUAUAAACCUAAGUUAAAAAUAAUAUGCUAUAUAUAAAUAUUUAAAAAAAAAAACUUUGAUCUUUUUUUAUACAAAGUAAACUCUAAAACAGAUUUUUGUACGUUUUUUUUGUUAUUUAUGUUUCAAGAAUGAAACAUAUGACCCACAGUCUUAUUUAUAAAUAUUUUUGAGAUUAAUUCAAAAAAUAUUUAAAGAAAUUUAAAAAUUAACUAUAUAACUUUCGUUUUGUAUACAUUCCUAUUACAUAUUUUCUUUUUUUUGAUUUUGAAAUUUCAAACUAUUUUUUGUUUGGUCUGGUAUUCUUAGUUUAGUUGAUUUCUGUUUAAUAAUUUUUUUUUUACUUGCUGACAAAACUGACUAUAAAUUAUAAAAAAACAAAAAAAAAAAAUUCUUUUGAACUAAGUAUACAUAAACAAUUUUUUUUCUUCAAAAAAUUUUAUACCAAAGAAACCCACUUUAUAAGAUGCUUAGCUAUUGUUUUUUUUUUUUUGUACAAAAUAUAUAUUUCUCUUGGAUAUAAAAAGAGAAAUUCCAAAAAUAAAACAAAGAAAACUACACCCACUUACCUACGUAUGAAUGAUUUAAUGUUUUUUUUUUUAUGCAACUUACACUGAGAACACAUAACAUUUUGAAGAAAUUUAUUCAAAUAUAAAAAAAGUCUUAAUUUAUUGGUAAUUUUAAAAAAAUAAUAAAAAAUAUAAUCGAAUUAAAAAAUGUUAAAUAAAAAUUGAUCAUAUAAAACAAAAAACACAAAUUUUUCCAGGCGAAUUACAAGAGAUUUGUGAAGAGUAUUACGAGCGUAUGUAUAUUUGUGAAGGUCAAAAAUGGGAUCUGGAAUACGAAG